ACUCACACGCACGUAGCUGUCAUACGUACAUCUAUCUUCGGGGAGGAGUCGCGCGGCGGCGAAUCAGCGGCGUGAACGUCGCUACUUUUCGGCUCCGCUCUCUCGCGUGAAGUUGCGUGCGGAAGCGAGAGCAAGGGCGGUGGUGGUGUGAUCCGUCGUGCGGCCACCCGCAUCCCGUCCCCGGGUGCAUCCUGGUGAACCUGGUGCGGUCUCCUUUAUUGUCCUUCCGCCCGAACCGAGGGAGCGGAUGAAACGUGGCGCGCUCCUUUCCUGAUUCGCCGCUUCUCUGUCAUCGGCAAUAAAGAAAGAGAGAAAAAGAGAGAGAGAGAGAGAGAGAAAGGGACACGCACACACGGUGCUCCCCCGGUACGUAGGUACCGCUCCGGUCGUUCAUGGCUGCGACUCGGGGUGGGGGAAAACAAGCCCUGUAACGACGUAAGAUCCCAAAAGCUUUAUGCAGGAAUAUGUCAAGUUUAAAAAUCGCUUCUUAGAUUAUGCGUCCAUUUACGAUACAGGAGGGAGGAAAAACUCGAGUCUGAUCGCCGGAUUUUAACGCCAUCCCCCGAAGGAUGCAACCGGCUUUAUGCUGAUUUUGGAGCAGUUUUCACCUUUCUUUCGACUUUGCCAGAUUUUUCGACGCGGAAUCACUUUCUUUUCUCUCAGUGAAGUGUUUUUAGAUCGUGCAUCUCUCCUUGAAGCUUUUUCCUCGUGCUAAGGAAAUUUUCAAUGUACUAGGAAAGAAAGGAAAGACUGGGAAAUGUUCACCUUAGUCAAAAAUGCAUUUGCGUUCCAAGUCUUAUUAAACUGCUCGUAACAGGAUUAGAUUAUUCGACUGAUCAAGCUCCUGUAAAAGUCCCGUUGAAUAUAUUGACAAAUAUAUUAGUUACGUAUUAUAUUUUCCACGCUAGUCUCAAUUAUAUUUAUUAGCCUGAGUUGUACAUGCAUAUCGUAGCUGUAUCUUUGUUAUAUCGCAUGUGUAUACAUAAUAUAAUAUUAGAGUAUAGAUUACAUAUUUUUUUAGAUAUAUAAAAAUAUAUCAUCUUUAUCUUUAAUUUACCAGUGAGAUAAUUACUAAGCUAUAGAUAUUGAUUUAUUUAUUUUAUUUCUUUGCAUUGCUUGUAAUAGUUUUCUAGUUGAUUUUCAAUUAUUAAUUUAAGUUAAAUAUACAAGAGUUUAAUUGAGUUGGAAUUGUCAUAUAUAUUUAUCGUGAACAGAUGUUACUCUAUUUCAAUCAUGAAAUAUAUUGCACAUUUAGAGAGAUAAAGAUUUUUGAAAAGUAAACAGGCACAUAUAUAGGUGUUGGUAAUGCACUUGCUUGCGCUACCCUUGAGAACGAUGGAUUCUGACCAAAGAAAUCAGCAGGUGCAUCAGCACUGAACACAAAAAAUAAGCAAAAAUAAAAUAAUGCCUGCUGCACUUACGCCGUCGACUCUGUACAAGCAGACUUAAGAUUUAUUGAAGUAGUACGUGAGUAGCAGCUACUCACGCCACACUCUCAGCUGUACAUAUAAAUUUAAAUACAUAUAUAUAAUAUUGUCGUGCAUAUAUAUAUAUGUAUUUAUUCUUUCGCACAUGGCAGCCAUGAAGCAUGGCAAGACGAGUCAAGACGACGUAUGUUACGUUGUCGCCAAGUAUGAUUACGGGGCACAGGGCGCCCAGGAAUUAGAUUUACGUAAGAAUGAUCGCUAUCUGUUGCUGGACGAUUCGAAACAUUGGUGGCGAGUGCAAAGUGCGAGGGGACAAGCCGGGUACGUGCCGAGCAACUAUGUUAAAAAGGAGAAGCCCUCGUUGUUCGACAGUAUUAAGAAGAAAGUUAAGAAGGGCUCCGGCUCCAAGACUCUGCCAUCCAGUAACUCGCCGUCUCGUGCAGUCGAGUCGCCUAUUAUGGCGCGACGUCUACCGGCUGAUCCUAGCGAAGCGAUCGGCACCGCAGUCGUCAAGUAUAAUUAUCAGGCACAACAGGCGGACGAGCUGUCCCUCGUGAAGGGCACCAGGAUCCUGAUACUGGAGAAGAGCAACGAUGGUUGGUGGCGAGGCCAAAGCGGCACCCAGGCCGGCUGGUUCCCGUCCAACUAUACCCAGGAGGAGGGCGACGCCGACGACACGCUGCACACGUACGCGAUGGCCGAGAAUGUGCUCGAUAUCGUGGUGGCCCUUUACUCGUUCUCGUCCAACAACGAUCAAGAGCUGUCGUUCGAGAAGGGCGACCGCCUCGAGAUCCUCGAUCGUCCACCGGCGGAUCCGGAAUGGUACAAGGCGAGAAACAGCCAGGGACAGGUCGGGCUGGUGCCGCGCAAUUAUCUACAGGAACUCAGCGAGUACUUGACGCAACCGUAUCGCGAACGUGGUAUGACGAGCAGCGAGAUCAGUCAGGGGGAUUCCCUCGAACGGAGGCCGGAUCCGGGCGGCGAUCGGCCGCAUCUCGUUGGUAAACCUUGGUACUACGGUAGUAUUACGCGUUCGCAAUGCGACACGCUGCUCAAUCAACACGGCCACGAUGGAGAUUUUCUAAUCAGGGAUAGCGAAACCAACAUGGGUGACUAUUCGGUAUCCUUGAAAGCACCGGGACGUAAUAAGCACUUUAGGGUACAUGUGGAAGGAGCGCUAUAUUGCAUCGGUCAAAGGAAAUUCCACACGCUAGAUCAGCUUGUAGAUCAUUACCAGAGAGCGCCAAUCUACACCAAUAAGCAGGGCGAGAAGCUGUACUUGGUGCGCCCAUUACCAAAAGGCAAUGCCAGUAGCAACGGUUGCUAGAUGAAUUCGUGCCAUGAUGAUGAUGAAGAGAAGACAGUCCAUGCGCUUUCAGAUGUAUCGCUAAGAUACGCGACGCCUGCCUAGUAAUAUCAAUAUCAUCAUACACAUCUCGUACGUUUAUACAUAACAUAAUUAAUAUAAUUGGUCUACACUCGUAUAUUAGUGUUUCUCGAUUGUUUUUUCCAUUUAUACAGUGACAUAUAUACAUCUAAAUAUAAUUUAUUACUCUAAGUGAAUCUUUUACACACACAUUCUCCUCGGAGCUUCCAAACUACUCGAUUAAACGAACAAGGAAACAUAAAUAUGGCAACUAUGUGAAACUAAUUGACAACACAACAAGGCUUAUAUCUUUAUAUUCAUAUGUAAUUGUAAUACGCGAACCGACCAUGUUAUUACAAUUAAUAAUAUAUUACAACUGCAUAUAAUAUAGACUGCGCAAGUGUAAUGAUCAAGUAAUAAUUAAUUAUCAUGCAAUUAUGAACGAUUAAGUGGAUCUCUACUCUAGAAACUAUCGGUAUUGAAUUAUAACAAAGACUAAGUGUUCAUUUGUGAUUUUGUAUUUAUUAGAAGUUUUUAAGUAAAUAAACUGUAUUUAAGUGUGCAUAAUAAGACAGAAUGUGUAUUCUCGA